AUGUUCGACCUCUCGAAGAUCCAGGAUGAUAUUGGGCAGUUAUCCCGACUCAAGACAUACACGCACCUCCUUGUGUGCUUCCCACUGAGUGAUGAAGCCUAUAGAGAGACCAUAGUGAGUGCGCUCCAUGCGGCAGCGCACAGGCUGGUGUCAUCUUUCCCUUGGCUGGCCGCAAAAGUGGUGCAUGAAGGCCAGAGCACUGGGAAUUCCGGUUCAUUCAGACUCGAGGAAUGUCCGGAUUUCGCACCCCCGAACAGCUUGGUCGUCGUCAAAGACUGUUCAGAUGUCUCUCCACCCUACACUGAGAUUCUUGCUGCACGGGGUCCCUGCUCGCUCUUCGACGGCGAUGCUCUCGCACCGGUGGUUGCCUUCCCGGAAAGCUACGAAGAGUCAGACACAAAGCCCGCGCGAGUCUUUGUGAUUCAAGCCAACUUCAUCAAGGGCGGCAUUCUACUCGACGCUGCUGCACAGCACAACUUCAUCGACGGCGGGGGUCUCUUCCAGUGCAUGCAGCUGUUUGCCACAGCGUUGCGGGGAGAGCCCUUCUCUGACCAGCAAGUCCAGCAGGGCAACAGAGACCGCAGGACUCUGAUCCCCCUCCUUGGUCCCCAUGAGCCCAUGCUCGACCAUUCUCAUUUGAAAUGCCCAUCUGCUUUGACAACCCCGAUUCGUGCCCGCCAUUCUGGGCGUGCCCCCGCAGCCUGGCAUUUCGUUCGCCUCUCGUCGACAAGCGUGAGCAAAAUAAAACAGCAGGCCAACUUGGAUCUGCAGAGGGAGAACAGCGAUACCCCCUUCGUCUCCACAAAUGAUGCUCUCAGUGCCUUUCUCUGGCAGCGACUGUCCACCGUGCGUCUCCAGCGUGACCGCAAUCCGCAGGAGCUGACGAAAUUUUCACGCGCCAUGGAUGCUCGUCGGGCGAUGAAUGUCCCCCAGGAGUACAUGGGGCAGAUGGGCUACAACGCUACUACAAGAGUCUCAUUUGGUGAGCUGGCAGACCUGAGUCUCGGGGCGACUGCGGCCUUGCUGCGUAACAAGGUGAAGGAAAUGAAUACCGAGUAUUCUGUCCGCAGCUGGGCUACGUUCAUCGCCAACGAACCGGACAAAUCGUCCAUCAUGUUUGCAGGCUCUUUCAAUCCCGACACCGAUAUUGGAGUAUCAUCGCUGGCCCAUGUAGAGCUGUAUACCUGUGAUUUCGGUCCCUUGGGGACGCCGGAGCUCGUUCGUCGUCCCAAUUUCCGGCCUCUUGAAGGCUGCGUCUACUUCUGGUCGAAGACUGCCAGCGGGGAUAUUGAUAUGUUGAUGUGCUUGAACGAGGCGGAUAUCAAUGGUCUAAAGCUGGAUGACCAUUGGAGAGUACAUACUGAGUAUAUUGGGUGA